AUGUCUGAAGAUUUUGUUAUUUUUAGAGAAGAGUUCAAUGAUGAAAAUGUCGUAACAAGAACAUCAUGUGAUAACAUUGAUACAGAGAGAAGGAUUAAGGAAGAAAUACUUGAUGUAAAAGAAAUCCGAAAACUUAAUUUAGCAAUGUACUUAAAAGGGAAGAUUAAUAGACCAAUAGAGUACAUGAAAGAUCAAAUUUUUGAACCAUGGAAUCCCUUCUAUACGUUACUUCCUAUUAUUACAUGCGGUUUAGAAAAUGAAUUUGAUAUGGAAGAAUUUCGUAAGAAUACAAUUCAAUAUUUAAAGAAUCACUUAAACGACCAUUGUGGAUGGUCAGGAUACUUACAUGAUUAUCCUGGAAUGGUUCCAAUGUACGGAAUGGCAAUUUUCCUUGGCCUUUUCGAAUCAGAAGAACUCUACGAAAUGGUCGAUCAGAAAGCAUUUUACGAGUAUGUAAUGUCAUGCAAAAACCCUGAUGGAUCAUUUUCUGCUAUUCCAAAUGGAGAAACUGAUCUUCGCUCUACUUUUUCAGCUUUAUUCAUUUCCUGGAUGUACAAUAUCAUUACACCAGAAUUGUCCGCUGGAUUAGUUGAUUUCGUUGUAAAAUGCCAGACAUAUGAAGGUGGAUUUGGACCAGUACCAAAUUGCGAAGCACACGGUGGUUAUACAUACUGCGCAAUUGGAAUAUUACACAUUCUUAAUAGACUUGAUGCUAUAAAUAUUAACAAAGUCGUCAGAUAUAUCGCAGAUUGUCAAGUUCCAUUUUCUGGUGGCUUUGCUGGCCGCACAAAUAAACUAGCCGAUACAUGCUACUCAUGGUGGAUUGGAUCUCCUGCCAGAACUCUUUCAAAUUAUUUGAAGAUCGGGCCGUUUUGGAAUGACAGGGCCAUGUCGGAGUUCUUAGUUAAGGUUUCACAGUACCAGUUCGGUGGUUUAAGAGAUAGACCAUCAAACAAAUCAGAUUCAUUCCAUACUUUGUUUGGUUGCGCCGGAAUCUGCGUUUCUGCAAACCACGACGUUUUCAACCUCAACAAUACACCAGAAGUUGAUUCAAUCUCUUCAAUUCCACUUUCAAAAUUCAAUAAAAUGAAAGAAUACUUCUCUCAUAAGCCCUUUACACCUUAA